CCUACCACGGUCACACCACGAAAAUCGUGCGCUCGUGUGUGUGUGUGCAGCAGUGCACAGGAAGAAUGUGUAAUUGUUACGAAAAGUCAAAUGGAAACGGAAUUAUAGUGGCGAGCAGUCUGUGAAAGUGCAAUAGUGCACCGUUGCACCUAGUGAAAAGUUUGAAAGAGAAUCGCCGUCGAAAGCGGAAUCGCACAAAAACAAACCACCGUUUGGCUUUAUUUAAAUUUUAGAAGCACUUCUGAGUCACGAAAACGCCCAGAGAUCCUCGCCAGCUGCCGAGAUGGGCAAGCGCCUCCCGCUGGAGCGCCCGACAUCGGAUCGCAGUGCUCGCAAGCGAAAGCGUUCGGCGGUCAAGGCCGCCGAGAAGUGCCAGCGGCUGAGCGGCGGCUCGAGCAGCGCCAACGGCUUCGAGUUCCACGAGAACGAUGACGAGGAGUCCUGCUCCUCGGCAGCCUCCGCCGGCGGCAUGGAUGCGGCGGAUCCGCCCACACUAUUGCACACCCCGCAGCCACGCAGUCUGCUCCUCACGGGAGCCAGCAUCGCCAGCGAUCACAACAACUCCAGUGUGAUGGAGUCGCCGCGCCCGGUCUACACGCUCCGACCCUCGGUGGUCAAUGGCACCAUCCUGCGGGAUGUGCUCUCCAAGGCCUGGCGCUUGGGGCGGCCCAUAGGCAAGGGAAACUUUGGCGAGAUCUUCUUGGCCUCGGACGACACUGUUUGCCCAGCCAGUUCGGAGACAGCCAAGUACGUGGUCAAAAUAGAGCCGCAUUCAAAUGGACCUCUCUUCGUAGAGAUUCACUGUCUGAUCAACACAUCCAGGAGCAAGGAUCCAUCAGACGUCGGAGAAGAUGCUGCCAGCCUGCCAGCCCAACAGACGCAUGCCCUCGCCAAGGGUCCGCCCUCUGGGAUACCCAGCUUCAUUGCGUCGGGCACACACUACUUUGGAGACGCUCGCUAUCGUUUUCUGGUGCUGCCGCGCUUCGAUCGCGACCUGCACUCGCUGAUCAAGAACUCGAGGGUGCAGCAAAAGUCACUCCUAGUUCUCGCCGUGCACAUAAUCAAUGUCCUGGAGAAUCUUCACGACAAGGGCUAUUGUCAUAACGACAUCAAGGCCCAGAACCUGAUGGUGUCCAAGUGCAAGUACCUCAGAAAGCAGACGGUGGUCAAGGACGAGCACUACGAGGAGAAGCAGCAGACCACGGACAGUGGCAACAGUUCGGAGCAGGAGACCAACGACGACGACUACUUCCAGAAGAACGAGAAGUUCGCCCUGAAGCGGAUUCCGCAUAUCAAACAGGACGAGGACGAAGAUGACGAGGACUUCGACGAUGGCGCCACAUCGAAUAGCAACAACAGCAACAGCCUGGACAUUUUCCACACGCCGGUGAACAAGAAGCGAACCGCUCGCAGCGCAGUUCAGUUCAGCGGCUCGAAUCCAGUGCGCUCGUGCCGUCGCGAGAAGCGCAACUCCAUGUACGAGGAGAUGGUAAAGUCGCACUAUCUGCGACCCACCAAACGCAUCAGCUACCGCGAGGAGUUCAACGAGGAGGGAUAUCCCAAGGCGACGGCGGAGAACAGUGAUGAAUCGCCGGAAUCGUCGGACAACGAGUCGGAUGAGUUCAUUCCGCCCUCGUCCCUCCGAUCGGCCAGCAAAAGAGGCCGAGGCGCUCAGGUAGCCAGUCCCAAGAAGUGCUCGGCUUCAACGCGGGCCACCCGCCACCAGGAGAAGCUGAAGAAGGAGCCGAUCGAUGAGCACAAAGUGCGCAGCAGGGGCAGCAAGCACUUGGAAAGCAACCACCCAACUGAGUACAAGUUCCUGCCCACCGAGGAGGAGCAUGUUUUCCUCAUCGAUUUUGGCCUGGCGUCCAAAUACCAGGAUCGCGGCGUCCACCGACCGUUCAUCAUGGAUCAGCGAAGGGCGCACGACGGCACGCUGGAGUUCACGUCCCGCGACGCCCACCUGGGCGCCCAUUCGAGGCGCAGUGACCUGGAAUGCCUGGGCUACAACCUGCUGUACUGGUCCGAGGGCUAUUUGCCCUGGAAGGACGUGGCCCAACAGCAGCAGCAGGAGAAGGUGCACCGCGCCAAGGAGCUGUUCAUGACGGAUGUGCCCGAGAUGCUGCGCCAGUUCUACGGCAAGCAAGUUCCUAAGUAUCUGGGCGAGUUCCUGCAGCAGAUCGGUCAGCUGGCCUAUCAGGAGCGACCCAACUACGAGCGCUACCGAAAGAUCUUCAAGCGCGAGUACCAGCGUUUAGGUCUCGAUCCCAGCCAGAUGCGUCUGAGCAGCGAGGAGAUCCUGCGCACCUGUGUGUCCACCAAGGACGUGGUGGAUGGCAGCAAGUGCGACAUCUUCGAGCUGAACAACAAAAUAGCCACCAAUGUGAUGCGCAACUCGGCGCUGAGCACUCCGUUUCAGGAGCACUCGCUUACGAACCGCGUAUCACCGAAAAAUCUGCGUUCCAAGUCAAAUAAGAAGACUACGAAAAAGAAGUUUUCGUGGGCGGAGGUCCUCUCACAGGAUCCAGAUCAAAUAGCCCGCGAACGGGCAGUGAAGGAGUUUGAGCGGGAGGAGUCCAUCUGUCCGCUGAAUUCCCGUCUUCCAAGGCGCUACGACGGCAAGCCCACAUACGCGAUACUGGCCAUGGAGCAGAGUCGUCGCGAAAAGGGCUUGGUUGUCCAGGAGCAUAAUGAAGAGGAAGAAGAGGAGGAGGAUGACGAAGAGGAAAACCAGGAGGCACAGGAGGAUGAAGAAGAUGAGGAGGAUGCAGAUAGCGUCGAAGGCGAGGAUGAAUCGGAUGGCGCAACGGAGAAGAGCGAGUGCACCGAUCAUUCCCAGAAACCUGCGCGCGGUCGUCCCAGGGGCACCACCAAAAAGCAGACCCAGGCGCCGCAGAAUCAGCCGCCGGCGAAGGCCAGCCGCGGAGUGGGUCGUCCGAGCAAGAACGCGGGCGUCGUACGAUUCACCGCGGGAGCCGUGAGCAAGAACCGCUCCACGCCGCUGUCGGCAGUGGCCAGUAACAAACGUGGCUGCGCCACACGCAAGGAGAAUUCCACUCUGGCAUCGGCCACCGGCGAGGGCGAGCGCAAACUGAAGUCGAGCCGUACGCGCAGAGCUCUCUAUAAGACUGAACCCAAACACGGCGAGCACGAUGCGGAGAACAACUCGAGCCUGCUGGAAGUGCAGAACCUGUACGGCGAAUACGAUGACGAGAACAACUACGGCAAGGGGCGCAGUGUCCACUCGUCCAGGCACUGUCGCAAGUGAUUGCCAGAUGACUAGAUGCAUAGAGACUAGGGACGAUCGAGAGGAGGAAGGAAAACUGAACA